UGGAUAAUAUGAAGUUAUGAACCACAAGCAAACGAGUGGAUGUGAAGGAAGUUUUGGCACCUCGAGAUUUUAAGAUAAUUUCAGGGCACUCUCUCCCCGUCAGUUUCUGUAGAGUCAUUCAUAGCUAGCUUAGAAUAAGCAAGUCUUUCGUUUCCCUCUUAGAUAAGUUUCAAUGGCGACACUCCCAAGUUUCUUAGCCAAACCCCCUUCAUCUCUAUCUUCAAUCCAAAAAACCAGUGGUCUGUACCGGCACUGUUCCUUUUUAAGCUUGGUCAACCAACAAAAACCUCUGUCGACAAACCUAGAAGCCAACCAAAGCCACUUCAAUAGCUUUAUUACCAAGGCUACAGCCGCCCCUGGCACUAAGAAAGUGGAAAGCGAUGAAAGAGUGCAGCGAGUGCACAGCAUACAGGAAUUCGACGAAGCCCUUGAAACAGCCAAAAACAAGCUCGUGGUCGUCGAAUUUGCCGCCAGCCACAGCGCCCAGAGCAGAGACAUGUACCCUUUUAUGGUGGACCUCAGCCGUACGUGCAAUGACGUGGAGUUCCUGCUGGUAAUGGGGGACGAAUCAGAAAAGACCAGAGAGCUCUUCAGAAGAGAGAAAAUUGAAAAAGUCCCCCAUUUCAGCUUCUACAAAAGCAUGGAGAAAAUCCACGAAGAGGAAGGAAUAGACGGAGAUCGGCUUAGGGGAGAUGUGCUGUAUUACGGGGACAACCACUCUGCUGUGGUUCAACUGCAUCAGAGGGAGGACGUGGAGAAGUUGAUUGCAGAGCAUAAGGUGGACCACAAGCUGAUUGUGCUUGAUGUGGGGCUCAAGCACUGUGGGCCCUGUGUGAAGGUGUAUCCGACGGUGGUGAAGCUGUCGAGGAAGAUGUCAGACACGGUGGUGUUCGCGAGAAUGAACGGUGAUGAGAAUGAUAGCUGCCUGCAGUUCCUCAAGGACAUGGAGGUGGUGGAGGUGCCUACUUUCUUGUUCAUUAGAGAUGGUGAGAUUUGCGGGAGGUAUGUGGGCUCUGGUAAAGGGGAGCUUAUUGGUGAGAUUCUGAGAUACCAAGGAGUCCGUGUGACUUAUUAGUUCCCUUCCCUUCUCAACAAAUUCAAAAUUAAUUUUACUACUACUUGUUUCUGUGACUUAUUAGUCACCUUAAGUAUACAUGAAGUUGAAUAAAAAAUUUACUUACUUAGAAUUAAUGUUUCCCCU